UGACGCGAUCAGAAAGCGACAGUUCGAAUCGUCUGAUUCAUUGUAAAGUGGCAGAAUGUGCCAACUCUGAGGCGGAAACGUUACCAAAACCGACGAUUAAAUGGAGUAGGACACUCACAAUCAAAUAUGUAUUUUGUUUUUGAAUAGCUAACCUUUUUGACCAUGAAGCUGGUUCAUAAAGACAUCGAGAAGGAUAAUGCCGGUCAGGUGACCCUAAUACCGGAUGAAGCAGAGGAUAUGUGGCACACCUACAACCUGCUGCAGGUGGGCGACAGCCUCAGAGCCUCAACCAUCAGGAAAGUGCAGACGGAGUCCUCCACGGGCAGUGUGGGCAGUUCACGUGUGCGCACCACACUGACUUUAUGUGUGGAGACGAUAGACUUUGAUUCCCAGGCCUGUCAGCUCAGAGUCAAAGGAACAAAUAUCCAGGAGAACCAGUAUGUGAAGAUGGGUGCCUAUCAUACCAUUGAGCUGGAGCUCAACAGGAAGUUCACUCUCGCCAAAAAAGUCUGGGACAGUGUGGUGUUGGACAGAAUUGAGCAGGCAUGUGAUCCCGCUCAAAAAGCAGAUGUGGCUGCUGUCGUGAUGCAGGAAGGCCUGGCCAAUCUGGUUCUCGUAACUCCAGCUAUGACCUUACUCAGGGCGAAGGUUGAGGUCACCAUUCCCCGCAAGAGGAAAGGCAGCUGUGCUCAACAUGACAAGGCAUUGGACCGAUUUUAUGAGGCUGUCAUGCAGGGCAUUCUGAGACACUUCAAUUUUGAUGUGGUGAAGUGUAUUCUGGUGGCCAGUCCAGGCUUUGUGAAAGAUCAGUUCAUCUCAUACCUUUUUAAAGAGGCAGUGAGACAAGACUGCAAAAUUCUUCUGGAGAACAGAUCCAAAUUCAUGGUGGUUCACUCCUCAUCUGGACACAAAUAUUCUCUCAAAGAAGUGCUGUGUGAUCCAGCAGUCACGGCUCGAUUGUCUGACACCAAGGCAGCUGGAGAGGUCAAGGCUUUGGAAGACUUUUACAAGAUGCUUCAACAGGAGCCUGAUCGAGCUUUCUAUGGAUUGGCUCAUGUGGAAAGAGCGAGUGAAGCUUUAGCCAUCGAUGUCCUGAUGAUCAGUGACAAACUAUUUAGACAUCAAGACAUAGCCACCCGCGGCCGGUAUGUUCGGCUUGUAGACAGUGUAAAGGAAAAUGGAGGAACUGUCAGAAUCUUCUCAAGCCUGCAUGUAUCUGGAGAACAGUUGAAUCAGCUGAGUGGAGUGGCGGCCAUCCUGAGGUUCCCCAUCGCUGACGUGUCUGAAGCUGAGGAGGACAGUAGCUCUGAUGAAGACUAACAUUAUGGUCUUGUGCAAAAGGAUCUAGUAUGAAAGGUCGAAAAUGCUUCACAUUUAGGACUAAAUGGAAUAAGAAUCCAAUAAUGGCCUUAAUAAAGGAUUUGAAAGCAGUUGAAGCAUCACAAAAA